AUGUACGAACAAUCCUUGCCAGAAUGCAGCACCUGUGAAACCAAUCCUUGCCAGAAUGCAGGUACCUGUGCUAUACAAAACAAUCAACAUGAAUGCAUUUGUGCCGCUGGAUACGACGGCAUAUACUGUGAAACGGCCACAUGUACGCCCAAUCCUUGCCAGAAUGCAGGUACUUGUGCUAUAGAAGACAAUCAGCAUCAAUGCACUUGUCUAACCGGAUAUGACGGUAGUUACUGUGGAACAGCCACAUGUGUACCCAAUAUUUGCCAGAAUGCCGGUAAUUGUGCUAUAGUAAAUAAUCAGCAUGAAUGCACUUGUGCUACUGGAUAUGAAGGCAGAUACUGUGAAACCGUCACAUGUGAAACCAAUCCUUGCCAGAAUGCAGGUACCUGUGCUAUACAAAGCAAUCAGCAUGAAUGCACUUGUACCGCUGGAUACGACGGCACAUACUGUGAAACUGUCACAUGUACGACCAAUCCUUGCCAGAAUGCAGGUACUUGUGCUACUGUAGACGAUCAGCAUCAAUGCACUUGUCAAAUUGGAUAUGACGGUAGUUACUGUGAAACAGCCACAUGUGUAUCCAAUCUUUGCCAGAAUGCAGGAACUUGUGCUAUAGUAAGUAAUCAGCAUGAAUGCACUUGUGCUACCGGAUACGACGGCACAUACUGUGAAACGGUCACAUGUGAAACCAAUCCUUGCCAGAAUGCAGGUACCUGUGCUAUACAAAACAAUCAGCAUGAAUGCACUUGUGCCGCUGGAUACGACGGCACAUACUGUGAAACUG